AUGGACCAAGAAAAGAUACCUCCCAGUUUCAAAUUAGAGAGAUUCUUCGCCAAAUAUGAAUUUUCUGUCAAACACCUUUUGUGUUGUUCGGAUGCUGAAGCAAUACAAAUGACGGACCUAAUAGCUAGGGCUGAUGAGGAAUGUAAGACAAUGUGGAACAAUUUACAGUUAUCUUACAUAGAAAGCACUGGACAUCCUUUACUGAGAGCAGAAAUUUGUAAACUAUAUCCCGGUAUUACCCCAGAAGAAACCCAGGUGGUUGUUCCACAAGAAGGAAUUUAUAUUGCAAUGAAAGCCUUCAUGGAUACCUUUGUGAAGGACAAACCUGCUUCCAGGCCCCAUGUUAUUGCGACAUUUCCUGGAUAUCAGAGUCUAUAUGGUAACUUAGAACUUGACGGAGCUGAUGUGACGUAUUGGAAACCUCAAUAUUGUGAGGAUAAGGGGUGGGAAUUUGAUAUUGGUCAGCUCAAGACGCUACUGAAACCAGAUACAAAACUUCUGGUUGUUAAUUUCCCCCAUAAUCCAACUGGUUGGCAACCAAACCAUCAACAAUGGCAGCAGCUCAUUGCAUUAUGCAAGGAGAGGAAUAUAUAUCUGUUUUCUGAUGAAAUGUAUCGUUUGAGUAACAACACUGAGACUGAGGCUUUGCCUUCAGCUUGUACCUUAUACAAUAAUGCAGUUACUCUUUGCGGUUUAUCGAAGACUUUUGCUUUACCUGGUUUACGAAUCGGCUGGUUGUCUACAAAAAAUAAAGAAUUGAUGGAGAAAUUUCAAAGUUUUAGAGAUUGGUUGACAAUAUGUUCAUCAACACCAAGUGAAGUAUUGGCUAUUAUUGCUCUACGCAAUAAGGAUUGGGUUAUAGAGCACACCAUGAAUAUUAUCAAGACCAAUCUUACAAUAUUAGAGCAAUUCCUCAAGAAGCACUCUGAUAGUUUAGAGUGGCAUCGACCAGAUGCUUCUACGGUAGCAUUUAUCAAAGUGAAAAACAAGGUUUUAAAGCAACAUAGUGGCUCUGUGGCUAAAUGGUGUGACUAUUUAGCCCAUCAUGCUGAAGUACUCUUACUGCCUUCAACAGCCUACGAUUAUGAGGACGGUUUUGUUAGAAUUGGAUUUGGUAGACGAAAUAUGAAAGAAGCUUUGAAGACUCUUGAAAAGCAUAUUUGA